AUGCCACCACCGACCAAGCUAGCAGCAUGCGAUAACUCGUACGACAACGAAACUACGAAAAUUUUCGAGGAAACAUAUUCAAAACGAGCUAUAUUUCCAAAUAACUCGUCCGAAGCGAUAAGCUAUUCAGCCCUAGCGCAAAACGUGAGCAAUGCUGUAGACUGGGCUAACGUAUCGUCUUUUUUAUUUAACGAUCCAAUUCAACUAUUUGGUAGCGAACCAUGGGCUAUGCUUGGAUUGCAGGUAAGGUUCAAAAAAUGCACGAAAUCGGAUCAUCAAAAGUAUAUUAUUCUUAGGUAAAU